GAAGAAAGGGCCAAUCAGCUACGGAGUGUAUAGUUUACAGUGUAAUGUAUGCCCCAGUGUUGUCACAUCAAAUCAGGUGUCGGGCUUCUCGUCUAAGCGGCCGCACUUGCUCGCCGCAGCAAUUUUCACACAGGAGGAGGAGAAGGCUCUUAAAUGUCAAGCCGUGCGUGUCAGGCCUGCUGAGUACGUGUGGCGGAAAAACCCAUCUUGCACAUGAGCCGUGGUGGUGAGCCAUAUAUUUUAAUAAAGGGUUUGCUUACAGCUGGUUUCUGAUUGGAAACCAUCAGAUUGAAUAUUGAUAACCUCAUUGGUAAUUCCCAAUACGUAAGAAUUUUUGGAUCACAUUUACAUUACGGUCCGCCACGCCACAAGAGGGUGUGCACGAGUUGGUUCCUGUUUAUUCGGUUCCCCCCAUCCUUUCUCAUCGAGGGGCCGCGGCGAGCGUGGGAGCGCAAAUGUAACGAUUUCACGCGAUGGCGUCCGUCCGUUCGCUCGGAAAGGACCCCAGGAAUAAACAGACAAAUAGGGUGUAAAGUCGAUGUCUGUGCAUACCGAUAACGGCGCAGACAUCACACGGGCCGUCAUCUUGAUUUACGCCCCGGGCCGUCGGAGGUGCAGGUGGCAGAUUAAUAACCGGUCAUAAAGAAGAAGAAGAGGGGGAUGAUAGGGGAAGGGUGUAAAAUGGAGAGUAGAUGAAGCCGAGGCGGGGAUGAUGAGCUCUCCACUGCGUCGCGAGUCCCUCUCCGCCCUGCCGAGCCCCAGCAGGCAUGCUGUGGACAGGAACCACGAGCAGCUAGCCGUCCGGAGACUGUCCUCCCCACGCAGCCUCAACCUCCUUACGCCGCCCCCGUACCCUCGACGCGCCUCCGCCAUCCCCGGCUACCUGCUGCCCCCCUACCAAGACCAGGAGGACCACCGCCUCCUCCACCAGCAGCGUCGGCGUCUCUCCUUGCCCCCUGAGGCAUCCCGGGUGCCCCCUGCACCUCCGCCUGUGGCCGCCCCCGCCGCUCCUUGCCACCGCCCAGUGGGAGUCAUGCACCUCAUCCGCCUGGGUCUUCUCGCCUUCAGCUGCCUCUUUUGGGCGGCCGGCUUGGCGCUCUUCACCCUGGGCGUGUGGGCGCAGCUUUCCCUGGCCGACUUCAUGCUGCUGUCAGCCAACCGCUACCCCAACGUGCCCGUCAUCCUGCUGACCACGGGGGCCGCCGUCACCGUCUGGGGCUUCCUGGGUUGUCUCGGGGUGGCGGCCAACCUCCCGUACGUGCUGAGGGCGUACGGCUUCUUUCAGCUGACCGCGCUCGUGGCGGGCUUGGCCGGUGGACUCUGCGGUCUAUUUUACCGGGAGGACAUCGCCGGCGGGUUUCGUAGCGGCCUACAGCGAGCGGUGGCUGCCUACGGCGAGGACGAAGGCCGUGCCGACGCGCUAGAUAGCCUACAGAGGGCGCUGCGGUGCUGCGGUGGUGAAGGAUGGCGCGACUGGCUCACUUCGGACUGGGCCCUCCAGCACACGACCUUCCUGCCAGCCGAGAACGGCACCUUGAGGUCCUUGCCGGAUAGCUGCUGCAUGCGGCGCAAAGGCUGCAGGAACAGGCCGCUGCCCUCGGAGGACUACGACGGAGUGGUCGCCGCGGGCAUCCACCCCAGCGGAUGCUUCCGGAAAGUCUUCAGCUUGGUCAACGACAACGUGUUCCACAUUGCCGUCACUGUGCUGGGAUUGGCCUUCACGCAAAUCGGCGGCAUCACUUUGGCGUGUCUGUUGGCUAACAGGCUAGCGCCGCGGCAACGGCCACGAGUUGUGGCAAAUUAAUUUAAAAAAACGUAAUUGUUACGAUACUUAAAAUGUUGGUAUUGUUGUGGUGUCGUUUAAAGUAUGUUAGCAACAUUUUCCUUGGCUGAAAAUUGUAUGAAAACUAAUGGUACGCAAGACAGUAAUCCUUCCCGCAGAUUCGCGGUCCGGAUUUGCAGAUUUUUUUGUCUAUGCCCUAACAUGCCACUGAGAUGGCACCAAAUGCCCGUCUAAAUAGGACAGUUGUAAAGUUAGUCCAAAGAUGUAUGUUGAAGUGAUACAUCUCGACUGAAAAACUGAACUGAGUACUGGUAUCUUGGGGCGGAGCUAAGUUUAGCCUGGGUUGUUAUGGAGAAUCUUCACCGCAUGUGUAUUUAGCAGUUCAAGUGCUUUUUUACAAAAUAAAAUCAUUUGUAAACCAUUUGUUUUUAAGGGUAAUUUGAAAUUAUAUUACACUGUUGUGGGAUCAUUGUGGUAGAUGAAUGGUUAAACUAUUAUUAUGGGCAAUUCCAAACAGUUUUGGGUGGAGGGCGUAAAUUCGUCACAUUGCCCUCCCCCCCACUGUUCGGAGGUGACCGAGUCCUGCUGCCAAAUAUUUGCAUGAUUUCCAGGUUAUCUCAAACCUUAUAAUCACGUCACUUAUUGUGCAGUGGCUCACAGGUAAUGGUGCUCGCGAUAAGAUAUCAAAUGUGUGUCUGUUGUCUGAAAAGAUAAGCAAAAGUUAGUUGAUAGAAAAAAAAAAAAACAAUUGUUGUUGGAAUUGCAUAGUGACUUGCUCAGCUUAUAAUUAAUUUUGUGUAUUUGUCUGAAGCGAUGUCCAGCAUUCGAUUAGCCUGGCAUAGUGUAGCAAUGGUGCAGUUGUGGCGACUUCGCAAGA